CUUCUCUUUUGUUCCAUUUUUUUUUGCUUUCUUUUUUCUUCUUUUUUUUGUGCAAUCUGCUUUUUUUUGACUUCCAACCAUCCUUAUAUUCUUUCCUUUAUUCAACUGCUAGCCAAAUACUGCAAACCAUCCUCGAUUUCUUUGCUUCUCUUUAAUACGCCAUAUAUACAUCUAUGUAUACUUCUCUUGAUAAUUAAAACCAUACUCAUAUUUAUUUGUAUUUCUUUUUUUAUUAUUGUUUCAAAAUGGUCUUUCUUCAAAAUGGUCUUGACGAUAACGACGAAAUUUACUCCAAUCUUGAAACCUCUGCUAUAACCUUUUUCUUGAUUAGAUUGAAAACUUUAAUUAAUGGCUCUAAAAAAUACUCAAUCGAUGAAAUUGAAAAUGACCCAUUUUUCAUCAAAUCAAGAGACACCCUAAUCGAAAUGUCAAUCAAUAACUCUGUUUUAAUUCCUUUGAUUACGAGCUCAGUUCAACUUUUAAAUGAUUUAAACAAUUUCGACAACUAUUUGCCAAUUGAAAAGAAAAAUAUAGAUCAAUUGAAUUCAAUCCUAAUCAUUCUAAAGAUUCUAUCUAUUGCAAUUGAAAAAAAUUGGGCCUCUUCUCAAUCUUCAUCCAAUACUACUACUACUACUACUACUACUAAUAAUAAUAAUAAUAAUAACAUAAAUAAUAUUCCCUUCAAUUUUAAUUAUUCUUCUGUAAAUCCUGAUUCUAAAAACUCAAUUGAUUUCGGCACCUACUUGUUCAAAAAUAAAAAUAACUACCUAGAGAAUGACAUCCUUAAUAUAAACUAUUUCAACUUCCUAUAUCCUUCAAUCUCCUAUGCCUCAAAUGAAAACCUCUUCACUUUAGACUCAUCUCUAAUAUCAAAGACUCUUGAUACCCUAGUUCAGCUAAAAUCCUCUCUCACUGUCAAUAACGAACUAAUCUCAAUCUACUCCUCCCCCACUUCGACAAAUAACUUGAACAACAACUCCUUCCUAAACAUCAUUAACAACCAAGUCUCAAACUUCACAAACCAUAAAUUCAAACAUCUAAUUCGAAUCAUCGACGUCAAUUGCUCUGCCAUAAUUAGAUUCCUUUCGGCUUCAAACCCUCUAGAAUUCUCAACAUAUCUAAUUAACAAAAUCGUCACUCUAAGUCAUGAUAACGAUACUAAUAAUAACAACAUCUCUCUAAUAGACCAAUCUCUCUAUAAAUACUUUGACGCCCUCAAUUAUAUCUACUUAAACCCAACCCUAAUAAAGGACUAUUUCAAAAAAAUUUGGGACCUAUUAAUAAUAAUCAAAAAAAUCAAUAACCAACAUUUCAUUUUAUCCUUUUUCAUAAACUCAAUUAAAUACUGGAUUUUCUCAAAACCAGACGAAUAUAUAUCUUCAAUUAAUCCCCCAAUUAACCCCCCAAAUAGCUCUUCAAUCAAUCUUUCUAUAUCAACAAUUCCUCAAUCUGAUGCUUGCUCCACAACUUCAAAUACUACUGCAACUUCCUCCUCUUCUUCUUUGAAUAAUUUAAACCUCUCCCAAGAAGCUGAAAAAUUAUUUGAGUACCUUUACCCAACGUUUAAUUACUCUGGCUCUUUUUUAAGUAUCCUUUUAACCUUAUCGCCUUCCACUUUUGAUUAUUUCCUAUCAAAUUUAAAUAAAAAUAAAUCAAACUCAACUAGAAUAAAUAGAAAACAAAGAUUCUUACAAUCUCUAAUUGCUUCUGCUUCCACUUCCACUUCCACUUUCACUUCUUCUCAAAACUCUCUAUUAUCUUCACCUUCUUCCUCUUCUUCCUCUUCUUCUUCCUAUAAUCAAAAUGAGCUAAAUUCUCAACUUGACGCAUCAUCAAGCUUGAUCUCAAUCUUCUUCAUCGCUUCCUCAAUUCAAUUUCUUCAGCCUGAAAAUCCAAUAGUUAAAUUUUCCUCAAAUUAUCUAUCCUUAGUCGAAAACUUUUUAAAAAUUAAAGAUGAUCAGCCUCCUUUACUCAAUCUUUGCUUGGAUCCUCUAAGAGUCAAUUUCUUUUGUACUACUUCAAUUUUAAACCCAAAUCAUUUGAUUUUAACCAUCACACAAUCCCUAAGUGACCCAAAUUCAACUCUCCAUUCAAUCAAAAUUAUUCUACUUGGUUUGAAAACUUUGACUUACUUUCCAAAAUUAGACAAUACUUUUAAAAGAUUUGUUAGUCUGAUCAGUUCCCAAUUAAGAGACCAGAUGUUAAAAGUAACCGAAACAAUUCAAGCAACCUCCUUCCCUGAUGAUGAUUCAAUCUCUUUAAAUAAUUUAAAUCUCAGUAACAAAAAUCCAGCUUUUAAAAAUAAUAAUUUGAGUUUAUCCUCUUUAGGCUCAAAUUCAACUUUAUUAAACCAAAACCAACCUCUACCUCAACCUCAACCCCAAUCCUUAUCUCAGCCAUUGAUCAAUAAAAAAUAUAGCAAAACCCCUUCUAAUACAAAUUUGUCCUCUUUAAUUCCCAUUCAAACCUCUUCAAAUACCUCUGUUUAUUAUCCACAACAAAAAUCUCAAAAGAAACUCAUGAAACAAAAUAAACCCUCAAAGACUUCAAGAUUUAAGUUCAAAGAUAAAAACAGUUCUUCCUAUGUUCAGCAAAAGAAUUCAAUUAUGGGCUUUGUUACAAAUAAUAAUAAUAAUAACCACAAUAAUAUUGGCAGCAGCAUCAAAUCUAACAAUAACAACAGCAAUUCCCAGACUUUUAAUCAUCGUCAAAGUUCCUCCUCUGGUAGUAGCGAACUUAACCCACCAAAUAGUAACAAGUUGAUGCCAAUUUCAAGCAAUGUUCUAUUAAACAAUCCUGAUAGUUCUUCCAACUAUGAUACCUCUCAAAUUUCAGAUUCUUCCAAUGUAGAUUUUAAUUUAAGCACUUAUAAAACAAUAGUAAAAUUAAAAGCAGCAGAACACCAAAGAAAACUAAAUGAUCCAAAAUAUAUCUCAAGAGAUAUUCUAGCCACAGCCUUUGAUAUCUUCAUAUAUUGUCCAAAUUUAUAUCUAUUUGGUAGUAAAGAUCAAUCGUUACUUCAAACCUCAAUACAAUUAAAACCAAUUAUUAAAGAUGAUGAGCUUAUAGACUUUUUCAGAAACAUUAAAGAAUACUUAUCUUGUGUUGUUAAUGCUUUAAUUGAUGACGAUACUAAAUUAAUUGAAUCUGCAAUCUGUUUUUUUGCUAGCACUUUGAAAUUAUCCACUGGAAGCGAUGCCAAUAAGAAUCAAAUUUAUUUUGGGCUUUUAGCUAGUAAUUAUGUUAUUAUUUCAUUGGCAGAAAUGUUAUUAAAAUAUAGACUAUCCGAUAAAAAGGUGUAUGAUAUCUUAUCUAUUAUUAUUCUUUUAUUAAAUUCAAGAAGGAAAUUUAUUGAAAAAGUUGAUCUAUUAGAAUUAAUUGAUAAAUUGAGCAAUAAUGAUGAUCAAGCUAAAAAAAAUCAAAUUUAUCAAAAUAUCUAUACCUUCUGUGAUAAAAUGUAUUAUCAAUUACAAAAAUGUUUUUACAUUUGUUUAUGCUCUCCACAACUUCAAACUUUUAAUCUUACUAAAAGAGGAAUUGAUUCAAUGUUAAAUGAAUUAAACAUUUUAGAUCCAGAUUCUUCUAAAUUAGUGACUGAUAGCAAUUUCAAAUUUUACAAAUCAAUUUCUGAUGAUAGUUAUGUUAUUACUGGGCUAGUUGCUUUACAAAAAAGAGUAAGAAAUUUAUUAGCUCAUGUAGAGGUACAUGAACAAUCUUUAGUUGAUAGCUGGAAUUUUAUUUAUGAUAGAUGGCUAAAUCUAUUAAAUAAUCAAACAAGUGGUCAAAGUUUGACUGAACAGAGAAAUUAUUCGGGAUUUUUAGCUUCGACUUGUGGUAUUAUGUUAAAGGCUGAUCAUAAAAGAGGCAAAGAUUUUGAGAACGUUAUUUCUCUGGUUGAAAAUUUUAUCUCUAAACAAGUUGAAUCUUUGGGUUCGUCUGAUUUAUUGAUUAGAGAGGCUUCGAAGGAUGUGCUUUCUAAUGAAAUACAUCCCUUAGCGUCCAGAUUAAUUAAUGAUCAAUUGGCUUUGCUUAUAAAACAACUACACAAUAAACCCACCCUUGAUGAUAAUGAUUUAACAACUAUCGAUCAAGUUUGUUAUGUAUUGGAAUCAUUAUUGAGUACCAAAGAUGAAUCCUUAAUGUUUCAAACUUCCUUAAAGGUUUUAACUGUUCUCUGCAAUUUAAUUUCUUUAUUAUUAGAUUACCCAUCAGAUAAUAUAGCAGCUUUAAAAGUUCAAAUUAAAUUCUAUAAUAUUAUUCAAACGGUUUAUCUUUCUCAAGUUCCUCUUCUUUUGAAAGGUGGUAUCAAAUUGAAAAACAUUCUACUUAAAUCUUGCUCUCAAAUCUUUGAAAGAUCUAUUUUUUAUCAAGAAGGCUCUAAACCUUCUGGCACAAAAACAAAAAGUGAUGAAUCUCAACUAAGAAAACAAAGAGAACUUGUUUAUAUGAAUAUCGAUUUAGCUUCUCAAUCAAUAAAAGCAAUUGCUAUUUUGCUGGAUGGUUUAAUCCUAUCGACACCUCAAGCUCAAAAUGAAGAUGAAUACCAAAGAUCAAAAAAAAUUGUUUUUGGCAACUAUUUCAGUUUGUUUUUAAGAGUUUUGGAAAAAUUCAACUCAACUAAAAAUAAUAAGUUUAAUUCAGAACUGUUUUCAUCAUAUAAACAUAAGUUUGGCAAUAUUUUGGAUAACACCAUUAUUUCCUUGACAAAUUUAUUGAAAUACAAUGUUGAUGCUGGCCUUGAAAUGGCAUUGCCUUUAGGUUUCCACGAUAACUCAAGAAUAAGAUUAGCAUUUCUCAAAGUUUUCACUAAUAUUAUGGAAGAACUUAAGGAAUUAACUAAAAUCGACCAAAAAUAUAUUCGUCAAGAAACUUUAGAACUCGUUUUUUCUAUAACUGGUAUUGAAACUGCUAUGGCAAAUUCCUGUCCACCAGUUGAGGUUGAUCUCUUAGCUUCAUCCAUGUUGCACAUUUGGGAAUCAAAAGGAAAGGGCAUCGAGUUGAUAAAUUCACUCAUCAAAAAUGAGAUAUUGAAAUCACCUAGAAUUACAGAUAUUUUAAGAAGAAAUAGUGUGGCAACUAGAAUGCUUUCUAAUUUUGCCAAAGAUGAUGGAAAAAAAUAUUUAAAAACAAUAUUAAAGCCGUUGUUAAAUCGUUUGAUCUAUAAUGGUGACUAUUUUGAAGUUGAAAAAUUGUCUAUUGAUGAUCCAAAUUCCCAGGAAAAUCUCACAAAAUUUAUGAUUUACUUGAAUGAUUUGGUGGAUACAAUUGUUAAUUCAGUUCACUUAGUUCCUGCUGAUUUUAUGCUGAUUUGCUCAAUAAUUGAAGAGACAUCUCAUGAAAAAUUUGAAGCCAAUACUCAGUUGAUUGGAGUAGGGUCUUUUAUAUUUUUACGAUUUUUUUGUCCAUCAAUCGUUAGUCCCGAAACUCAUAGUCUAACUCCAGCUAAAUAUGAUAUGAAAGCUAAGAGAUCUUUUAUCCAAUUGGCAAAAGUGUUACAAAAUAUUGCUAAUAGAUCAUUAGCAUUACUCAAAUGGCCAUUACUUAGUUCCAAGAUGGAAGAGUUGUACAAAUUAAGUGAUAAAAUAUUUUCUUUUCUCAGAACAAUCACUUAUGAUAUCAAAUAUAAUUUACAGUCUCCUGAAAAUAUAGAAAUAAAUGAUAAAGAAAUUGAUUAUUUGCAUAGCUUCAUUUAUGAUCACUGGGUUGAUAUUAGAAUAAAUUUUUUCUCGUAUCCUUCAGCAAUGCUGCAAAACUUUUCACUAGAAAAUAUUAGGGUGUUCCAAAAUGCUGAUGCUAAACUUGGUUCUUUUGGUCAGCCUAGGAAAAUUAGCAACAGCCCUAUUCCCGAUAAUAUCAAAAAUGAUGAGAGUUGCAGUGCAUUAUGUGAUUUUAUGAACAAAUAUGCUUCUUGCGAUUUAACAGCUGCUUACAAUAUCCCAUUUAUUUACGAAAGCAUAUCAAGAGAUGGAACUCCAAUUAUUAUAUUCACUUAUUAUUAUUUUCAAAAGCUGCAAAUCAAUGGUGAAAUUGCUUUGUUUCGUUUUUUUCAAACAUUAAGCAAGUUUUGGCAUAAUAAAUAUUAUAUAUUCUGUGAUUACACUCAAUUUGAUCCCAGCUUAGAGAAGAUAAACUUUGACACUGUUGAGAGCUUUUCUCCAGAUAUUAUGUGCAAAAACUGUGCAGGUGUAUUUUAUUAUAACCUCUCUAGAGCAGCGUUACUUGAUGUGUCAACAAAUAUAAAAAAUAGGGGAACGAAUAAAUUCCUCAAUCCUUUCAAAGUUCGUUAUAUCUUUUUAUCUUUAUUUGACGAUCCACAUUUAUUAGCCUCUCUUGGUUUAACUAAUUAUGGCAAAAAAAUAAUUUCAGAUCCAAGAAUUUCUUUUAGUGAAAUUUUAAUAUACCAAGAAAGCGAAAACAAAUUUGUUCCUAUAACUAUAAAAGUUGGAACUGAAUACUUGCAAUUUGGCAUUAAUCGUCCUCAAAGAAUUAAAGUUGGAGGUGCAAUGAAGGGUAUUCGAGUAAUAGAUGUGAACCAUAUAUCUGAUUUGUCAUCAACUAUUUUGUCAAAUAAUACAGAUUCUCCCAAUGAAUUCACAAUAAUUAACGAACGAAAUGGAAAGAAAUAUGUUUUCUCAUCCCCUAAAAAAUUAGAAAUAGUCAGAAGCAUAUAUUUUGCUAAGGCUAGGGCAAUGAAAGAAAAAAUAAAUACUGAAAGAAGCAAAUCUAUUUUAGAUUACCUUGGAGAAAUUUUAAAUAUAAAUUUCUUGGGUCUUGUUUCUGAUUCUCAAGAUGUUCGUUCCGAGUGUUACAAUCUGUUAGGAGCUAUCUUUAAAAGUCUAGAGUUGGAGAAUAAAAGGAGAGUUUCUUCAGGAAUUGAGUUAGCCUUUCCUAAAGACCACAGCUCAUUUGUAUCUUCUAUUUCAAAUUCCAUUGCAUCUUCCUUUCCAAACAUUACUUAUCAAUUUAUAAAAGGAUUCUUUGAUGCAUAUAGGUCAUCUGAAAUACAUAAAAUACAUUGCAUUUUGUAUGUUUCUCCCUGGAUAAAAAACAUUUAUUCUCAUGUUUUUGCAAAUGGGGACGAAGAUGGUCCUGAUAAAGCGGCUGAAUUAAUUAGAGAGUUUGUUAAAAUAUCUAUUGGCAAUAAUGAAACCAAUUUGGUUAGUUUCAAUGUUAACGUUUGGUCUAAAUUGGUUUUGGAAGAUAGAUUGGCAAGCAUCUUAGUUGACGAGGUUAUUGCAACAGCAAUUGAUUUUGAAGCUGAAGGAGAAUAUUGGCCUUCAGUCAUAUCUUUAAUAAGCUCCACUCCUACAAAUGAAAUAUGUUCAUUGGUAAUUUCUCGUCUAAAGGAUAAAAUAAAAAAAAUUCCCCCUUAUCAAAUAAAUUCGAUUGCAACUCAAACAAGCUGGAUAGAAGUUACGGUAUUGAUAAAAAUAUCUGUCUAUCUUUUCUUUGAUGCCUUGUCGUAUAUAGAGAUGUUUUUGCCCGAUAUAUUUUUUAUUGCCAGUGUUUUGAUUAACAUAGGUUCUUUGGAGCUCAGAAAAUCAUUGCACAGUUUGAUUAUGAAUAUAUUACAUGGGAUUUUAGAAAAGUCAGAUUUGGCAAAGUCCCAUAUUGAUUCUAUCCAAGAUGUUAUUGGAAAUAUUACAGGAGAGAAAUCCAAAAUGCUAUUUGGUUUAUUUAAUGCUAAACUUGAAGCUAAUACUGAUGAUGGUUCUUUAGUUGUAACAAAGUUUCCUGGACUAGAAUUAUUUGUCGAUUAUCUUAUUAGAGUAAUGAAUAUGGUCGAUGAAACAAACAAAAAAACAUGGAAAAUAAAAUGGAAUUCUUACAUCGUCGAUUUGGCUUUUACUGAAAAUGUUUUGUUGCAACCAAGAGCUCUAUUAGUAUUGGGUUAUCUCAAUAAAACUAGUGCUAGUGACUUUUUAGUAAUCAGAACCAUUGACGUUUUUUCCAAAACAUCAAGCACACUAUCUUCUCCUGUUCAAUUUGCUACAAGCAAUGUGUGUGCUAUCCACUCAUUAUCCAAAUUUGUUGAUGGUCUUGCUUCUGGAUCUCCCUACAUUAAACAUUUAUUCUGGGUUGCUACAAGUUUAGCCCUCGUUGAUAAUGUGGAAAUAUAUCAAGCUGCACUUCAACUUGUGUCAGGAACUCUUGAAGCAAUGAAAAGAAAUAAUAUUUUCCAGUCGGAAAAUUUCAUUUUAACCCUUUUCGAAACAAGAAGUUUUCUUGAACCAGAAAUUCAAAACUUUGAAGAGCUUUAUGACAUAUUAUUUGACGAAAGACAAUUCGAUUCAAUAAUAAUAUUUUUAAUUACAAAAGGUUUAACUUACCAGAAAACAAAACAUUUGGCAAUCUUAUUCUUGAAAAAUUUCUUCCAAAUAAGAUGUAAAGCUACAAUUGAUUAUGCUAAAACCCACAAAAUAAAUACAUUUGAUUCCAAUGCAGUUUCAUAUUUACUUUUGAUAUUUAUUUUAAAUGAAAACUCCGAGCUACUGACUAUAGUGGGUGAAGCAGGCCUAGACUCAUCAAAAGUAAUCAGAUUGCAUGACAAUAUCGAUAUUCCCAAAGUACUUAUAGAUUAUAUAUUAACGGGAAAAAGUCAGCCAAUAGUUUCUUUAAUUCUAGCAAGUUAUUAUUUCAUUUCAAAUUUAAUGGAUGAUUCUUCAAAAUUGAAAUAUUUACUUUUGAUCAGAUUUAUUUGUCAGGAAAAUAUAGACAUUCUUUUUUCAUUUUAUUCAAUAAUCCGACCAACCAUUCGAAGAAUCAUUGCCAAAAGCAGCUCAUUAGAGAAUUUGACAAUUGUUUAUGAUAUAGUCAAGAUGGUACUGCUAAAACUUGACGUUAAAGAAUUGCCAGAAAAAGUUCGGGCUGCAGAGGAAUUACUAAUUAAUAAUAAUCUUUCUGGAAUCAAAAACUAUAGAUUUUCUAAAGAAGAACUCUUGGUCAACCUGCCAGUUGAUGCGAAAAGUGGAGAUAACGAUAUGGUUGGAAUGGAAGAGCUUUCAUUCAUGCUCAAGAAAAUAAGCAAAUCUUUUGCAGGAAUGGAAUAGUUGAUCUCGCUUAACUAUAUGAAAUAUUUUCUCACAAAAUAUAUUUUUAUUUAUUUUGGUUAAUUUUCAAUUCGGUUUUUUUAGAUUGUGUGAUAUAAUUAUUUUUGUUUUAAUUUUGAAAACUAAGGUUUUUUGAUUUCAUUUUUUGUAUUUUUCCAAAAAAAGAACAAUAUAAAAACAGUAGA